CUCAUCCUCCAUAGCUCGAGUCGAUCUCUCCCCUCCGCGACUCGUACUAGUCGGCUGCCGACCAUCGCCGGUCCAAGAAGCCGCCUGCUCGUUGCCCACUCCGCCGCCCCGCUCGUCCUUCGAUCUUCCCUCCUGCCGUACCCGGGAUCCGGAUCGACCUUCCUCUGUAAGUCAAUUGAUGGAAAAUACAAUUGAUUCCUUGACGUACAAAGGUUCAAUUCCAGAGGCAAUUAAUCAAUCAAGAAGGGAGAAAAAACUCUUUGUAAUCUACAUAUCAGGUGAAGAUGAGACCUCAAGUAGGAUGGAACAGUUUACGUUGGUUGAUGAACAUGUGGCUGAGGUGAUUAGCAGAUGUUGCAUAUUCUUGCAACUAAAACAUGGCAACGUUGAUGCAUUGCAAUUUUCAGCUAUCUAUCCACAGAAGUCUGUCCCAAGUGUAUCUGUCGUUGGACUGAAUGGUACUAUGUUAUGGAAUCAUGAGGGGUAUAUUAGCCCUGAAGAUCUUAAGGAAAACAUUGAGAAGGCUUGGGCUUCCCUUCACCUGCAGGAGACAGCAGCAACCUUGUUAGCAGCAUCACUUGCCUCAAGAAUGGCUGAUCCUACGAAUGCUGCUUCUACCAAUAUGCCUGCUACAGAAAGUUCAUCUACUUCAGAAGAUCAUUCUAAUUCAUCAAGUCAAUCUUCAGAGACUUCUUCAGUCCGUGGAUCUACUAAUUCUACUGAUCUGGUAGCACAACCACCUAGUAGCAUAAGCCAAGCUGAACUUCUCAAGACAAGUGAAAGCUCAAAAUCAGAUUCAGCUCCAUGCAAUAUAACCACUGAGGAGAAGUUAGAUUCAGCAUGUAAGGCUGUGUUGCCAGAAUUUUCAGCGAGCUCAAAUAUGGACAGUUGCAAGGAUCCAAAUCAAACAGGUAGUACACCAUCACUAAAAGGAAAGAAUAAGAUGGGUGGGGUUAGCACUGGUAGAAGUACUUCUACAGAGUUGGCUGUGGAACAAGAUAAGGCAACAACUAGCAGUGCUGUUGAUGUGACCUCAGAUUCUGCAAACAAAGAUGAUAUUCAGCUAGUCAUUCGUAUACCUAAUGGACCUAGCCUGCAGAUUAAAUUGACAAAAGAAGAUGUUUUAAGGAAGGUGAAGAAUUUUGUGGAUGAAAACAAAGGUAGUGGGAUUGGAUCUUAUAAUCUUGCGAUGCUUUAUCCAAGAAAAGUAUUCACGGAACAAGAUAUGGAAACGUCAUUGUAUGAGCUGGGCAUUGAAACCCGGCAGGCCCUUGUUGUUGUUCCAAACCCUCAAUCUGUUAAAGUGGCAAGGCGCCAAUCGUCAUCCCCAUCCAGUGAUUUGGACCACAUUGUGGAUUCAGACAAUUCAGGUGGUUGGGGAUAUUUUGGCAUUCUUGGGACAGCCUUAUCAUACGUGAAUCCAUUGUCCUACUUGAGAGGAAAUCCCACUCCAUCAAAUCCUGAGCAACUGGGAAUUGAAGGCUCGCAGCAGUACAGAGCUCAGAGCUCUCCUUCCCCGAGUCGCCCAGGAAUGGGGGCAGCUUCUGAAUCCCAACCUCUCAACAGUAAUGGGAGCCAACAAGCAGCUACUCAUAGCUCUGGAAAUACCUUGAGAAGGCGGCCCCGGCAGUUCGGUAGCAAUAUUCAUACUCUGAGCAGUGAAGAACAAGGUCCUUCUGAGGAUAGAAAUGUUUUCUGGAAUGGGAAUUCUACAGAAUUUGGAGGGGACGAAAAGAAAUAGUGGGUCACAGUACUGCAUCAGAAAUAGUUGAUACCUGAGCCAUUCCAUGAAUUAUAGAUAAAUAAAUAUACUGGGAACAAACUGUGUCAAACUAUGUGGUUUAUGCGAAUCACCCGAUAGCACCUUCUCGGCAGCAGUGUUAUACAUGUUACGGACAAUUGCUAUUUUAGUGUACAGCUUUCUCUUGACAUUAAUAGGUUUGUGUGAAUUGUUUUUGCACUUUGAACU